AUGAAGGUUUCAUCGUCUUUUAAAGUUCAAAAUUCCAGGGGCUUAAAAUGCACCAACUUAUUAUCAAUAUUAAUUCGUAACUUACAGUGUAAACUGAAAAUAAGAUAUAAAACACAAUACCCAGCAAACAUUUCUAAGGAAGGGAUGUCAAUGUAG